CCCGACGUUGGCGCAACAGCAAAGGACUUGCCCAAGCGGAGUUGCCCAAGUGGACAGAACCUCUGGUCCACAACGCACAUCUUCGAAUACGGGUUCCUCCCACCUGCCAUCCCAAUACUGUGUGGGUGUGGUGGGAGGACAGCAGCCCCAGAGAGAGGGCGAGAAAGAGAGAGAUGCGCCCGUGGUGAGAUGAUGCUGAAGUCAAAUCACGGGACCGAGACGGCGCGCAGUCACUGGAAUGUUGGGACGUGACUGAGUAACAAGGGGUUCAAAAACAGAAGCAACAACAACAAAAGACACUUGGAUGAUGCCAGAAUGGGGGGACAGGAGCCCUCCGUGGUAUGAGUGAAGAACACAAAGCUCCGCAGCGGUGAUCACUGUUUGAGCCCACCAUCCAACCAUCCAACCAGCCAGCCAGCCAUCCAGCCAGCCAACAGCCAUCCUGAGGGUCUCUAUUCAUGUUACAAAAGCCUGACUCCUGACAAUGGAAUACUUGCUGUGGGUGUGCAGCCUCCUCGUGCCAAUGGUGUUGGCUGUUGAAGAAACGCUUAUGGACAGUCGGUGGGCUACAACAGAGCUGGCCUGGACGACAUUCCCAGAAAGUGGGUGGGAGGAAGUGAGCGGCUAUGAUGACUCCAUGAGCCCCAUCAGAACCUACCAGGUGUGUAAUGUCCGACAGCCCAACCAGAACAAUUGGCUCAGGACGGACUAUAUCCCCCGCAGGGGUGUACUCCGCGUCUACGUGGAGCUCAAAUUCUCCGUGCGCGACUGUGCCAGCAUCCCCAACAUCCCCGGCUCCUGCAAAGAGACCUUUAAUCUGUUUUACUAUGAAUCGGACGGCGACACGGCCACAGACAGUAGCCCACUGUGGAGGGAGAACCCUUAUGUCAAAGUGGAUACCAUUGCCCCCGAUGAGAGUUUCUCUCUCCUGGAAGCCGGCAGGAUCAACACUAAAGUGCGCAGCUUUGGCCCCCUGUCCAAGUCAGGCUUCUUCUUGGCCUUCCAGGACCUCGGCGCCUGCAUGUCGUUGAUCUCGGUCCGGGUGUUCUUCAAAAAGUGCUCCACGACCAUUGCUAAUUUUGCCGUCUUCCCCGAGACCGCCACGGGGGCGGAAGCCACUUCCUUAGUCAUUGCGCCGGGGGCUUGUGUGACAAACGCCAUGGAGAUGUCUGUCCCGCUGAAGCUCUACUGCAACGGUGAUGGAGAGUGGAUGGUGCCAGUGGGCGCGUGCACCUGCGUCGCUGGUUAUGAACCCUCCGCAGAUCGCACCCAGUGCCAAGCCUGCAUCCCCGGGACUUUCAAAUCCAAAUUUGGCGAUGGUUCCUGUGUGGCCUGCCCGUCCAACAGUCGCACCGGAGCCCGAGGGGCCAGCGUUUGUCCCUGCCAAAGUGGCUUUUACCGCUCUGAUAGCGACUCGCCUGACACUGUCUGCACAACUAGCCCAUCUGCCCCUUGCAAUGUAAUCUCCAGCGUGAAUGAGACCUCGCUUUCCCUGGAAUGGGAGGAACCUGAAGACACGGGUGGGAGGAGUGACCUAGUGUAUAACGUGGUGUGUAAGAAAUGCCUGCGAGACCACAGCCCGUGCACGCGCUGCGACGACAACGUGGACAUCUCCCCUAGAAGGCUUGGGUUGAGGCAGAGGAAGGUGGUGGUGAGGAAUCUGCAGGCUCACACCCGCUACAGCUUCGAGGUGCAGGCAGUUAACGGUGUCUCCGGGAAGAACCCUGCCUACCCCCGUUACUCGACAGUCAACAUCACCACCAACCAGGCUGCCCCCUCCGCAGUUCCAACAGUCCAUCUGAUGCGUUCCACCGCAGACACCCUGAGUCUAUCAUGGCUGCCCCCGGAGAAACCUAAUGGGGUCAUUCUGGACUACGAGAUUAAAUACCAUGAAAGGGGCCAGGCUAUGUCACACACAGUAACAUCCCAGCACAGCUCAGCCAAGGUGGAGGGGCUUAGAGCUGCCACGCCCUAUGUGGUGCAGGUCAGAGCUCGCACUGUGGCAGGAUAUGGUCGCUACAGCAACCCCAUGGACAUCAGGACCAGCCUGCACAGGGAUCCUCAGAAGUCUGUGCAAGACCAGCUCCCUCUCAUCAUAGGCUCCGCCUUUGCAGGAUUGGUGGUCAUUGUUGCCAUGGUGGUAAUUGCUGUUGUCUGCCUCAAGAAGCAGCGCAGUGGCUCUGAGCUAGAGUACACCGAGAAACUACAGCAAUACAUUUCUCCAGGGGUAAAAGUGUAUAUUGACCCUUUCACCUACGAGGACCCCAAUGACGCUAUCCACGAGUUUGCCAAGGAAAUCGACAUCUCGUGCAUAAAAAUUGAAGAAGUCAUCGGUGCAGGCGAGUUUGGCGAGGUAUGUCGUGGGCGACUAAAGCAGGCCGGCCGCAGGGAAAUGGUGGUGGCCAUCAAGACCCUGAAAGCGGGCUACACAGAGCGCCAGAGGCGGGACUUCCUGGCCGAGGCGUCCAUCAUGGGCCAGUUCGACCAUCCCAACGUCAUCCGGCUGGAGGGCGUGCUGACGCGUAGCUGUCCAGUCCUUAUUAUCACGGAAUUCAUGGAGAAUGGCGCGCUUGAUUCCUUUCUGCGGCUGAAUGAUGGCCGCUUCACAGUCACUCAGCUGGUGGGGAUGCUGCGUGGCAUCGCUUCGGGAAUGAAGUACCUGUCGGACAUGAACUACGUCCACAGAGACCUCGCCGCCCGCAAUAUCCUGGUCAACAGCAACUUGGUGUGCAAGGUCUCAGACUUUGGUUUGUCUCGCUUCCUGGAUGACACUUCGGCUGACCCCACUUAUACAAGCUCGCUGGGAGGGAAAAUCCCCAUCCGAUGGACAGCGCCGGAGGCCAUCGCUUUCAGAAAGUUCACCUCUGCGAGUGACGUGUGGAGUUAUGGCAUCGUUAUGUGGGAGGUGGUGUCAUAUGGAGAAAGGCCAUACUGGGACAUGAGCAACCAAGACGUGAUGACUGCAGUGGAGCAGGACUACCGGCUUCCGCCACCCAUGGACUGCCCCAUGGUGCUGCACCAGCUCAUGUUGGAGUGCUGGAUGAAGGAGCGCAACCUGAGGCCCAAGUUCUCGCGUAUCGUCAACACGUUGGACAAGCUCCUGCGCAACGCCGGCACCCUCAAGGUGGUGACCAGCACGUACUCAGGGGACCUGCUGAGGCUCGGAGGAACACUGCCGGGACACAACAGGAAAAGUCCUGACAGCAGUGAGGAAAUCGUGCGGCAACAAAUGAGCCAAACUCUCCCAAUAAGAGUGUGAGCUGACGCAAAAACAGCCUGGAGAAGACGGAAACCCCAAAAAAAACUACCUAGACAACUCUGAUGUGGAGAGAAGAGAGAGCCCUAUGUACAAUAAAGAAGAGAAGAAAAAGAGGGAAACUCCCGCUGCACAGGAAGGACCACUCAAAUUAGUUUGUGCGAGCGGUCAGAGACUUUGUGUUCAAAGCGGACGUUCCAUUGCGGUUUGUGUGUGUGUGUGUGAGUGUGUGUGUGUGUGUGUGUGUGUGUGUGUGUGUGUGUGUGUGUGUGCGCGCGUGUGUGUUCUUCAUUUGUGGUUUUGUGACUGUUGGCAUAAAGCCAAACUUCUUAUGGUGCCUCUCAGGUUGUGUUUGCAUGUCUGCAUGUGUUUCUGCUGGUUGGGAGCCAGUUGGACUUCCCCGAGAGUGAAGCUCACACAAACUCGGAUGAGGGUCUCCAAGGAUCCGACAGUGCCAAGAUUCAAAGAUGACUAGUAGAUGUCUUUUUCUUUUUUUUUUAGUUAUUCGAUUUGUUCUUUCCACUAUAAAUUGGCAAUCCAAAAAGGAUAUAUACUAUAUAUAUAUGUAUAUACGUAUACACAGACCACAAUCCGUUCCAGAAGACUUUUCGAGAAGUGAAUCAUUCGAAUUCCGAAUCAUGUUUUCCCAUUACAAAUAUUUUGUUUAUUUAUUAUUUUCAUAUAUUUGUUCUAUUUAUGUAUUUUAUAAUAUAUAAUAUAUGUAUGUAUACUUUUAUUAUAUGUUGUUAUGUAAUAUACUAGGGGUGUAACGAUACAUCGAUACACAUCGAUUAAUCGAUAUAAUGCUCUACGAUUUAUUGGCAUCGAUGCUAAAGGUAAACAUCGAUUUAUAUCGCCGUGUUUGACCUCGGACAUUAGACGCGACUUUAUUUUGAAAUCCAGUUCAUUGUUGCUUGCUUCCUCUUUCCGGGAGCGCACUGCGCGUGUUGUGUUGUGAGCAGAGCAGGCACGUGAAAGGGGAGUCGACAACUAGUACGCGGCUCCUGGGCUGGUGCUAUGGCUAGUGUCCAAAAAGACGAGGAAAUUUGUUCCCCUUUAGGCUUCAAGUCAUUCGUUUGGAAGCACUUUGGAUUCCAAAGAAAAGAUGGCUCAACGGACAAGACACGUGCAGUUUGUAAAUCCUGCCAUGCGGUGAUCAAAUAUUCAGGGAGCACAAAUCUCGCCGCACAUUUAAAGAAAAAACACGACAUCAAAGUUCAGUGUUAAAAUAAGCACUUCGUAUACUACAAUACUCUUGUAAUUUCCUAAAUAAAGAGUUUGCAGUACCUUGUUGAUUUUGCGUAUGAAUUGUUAUAAAUCAGGUUAUUGUUCUAUAUUUUUUAUUAAAAAAAAAUAAAAAUCGAUCGUAGAGCACUAUAUUGCAAUAUAUCGUGAAUGAAUCGCAGCAGGCUUUAGGAUAUCGGCAAA